AUGUAUCAUUACUCCAGUCCACCGCCCGGGUGGUCUGCCUACGACUACUCACAGUCGCCUCCAACCUCGCCACACUACGCCUACUACGCCUCUCAGUUUGCCAACACCUACUCUUCACCCCGGGGUACCUCGCGUCGACACACCCGCAAGGCCAGCUACUCGGCCACCAAGGAUACAUCAGGAUGGUAUUCGGGCUACCCAAACGGCUUCUAUGACGCCACGCCAGACUAUGGCAUGCCGCCGCGCAAGCACGAUCAUGUAAGUGCUUCCUUUGCGGCCCAGCCCAAAUACCACCGAUACUCCAUGAAUGGUGGCACCGGCCGUUUCGCGGGGGAUGGCCUCGGCAACGGAUCCGCGGCGCAGAAACAACCCAAGAUCUUCGUGACUGUGGUUGACGACGCAUUCGAUGCACCGUGUUCCGCCUAUUACAAGCCUCAAUCCUGUCGCCCGGACCGUCCCCAGCCGAACUCGAGCCAGCCUCGUCGGACCGCGUCGACAUCUAAAAAACCAGCCGCUGAUUCUUACUUUCCCUACCACCAGGUUCCCAACUACGAGGACAUUGAAUCAGCUCGACGAUCCCGCGCCCGGCGCCAAUCCACGUCAACCCGAACCCCCAACAAGCCCAAGCCGGCUCCCGCCUCGAAACCAACCCUCAAUGCCACGGAUGCGGAUGCUGCGCGAGCCGGUAUUCCGGCAGGUUAUUCGAUUAAGAACUGGGAUCCUACCGAGGCCCCGAUCAUGCUUCUGGGUAGUGUUUUCGACGCCAACUCGCUCGGCAAAUGGAUCUACGACUGGACCGUUUUCCACCACGGCGCCGCAACGCCAAUGGCCGACGUCGCUGGUGAGCUGUGGCUGUUGCUGAUCAAGCUCGCGGGCAAGGUCAAGCGAGCAGACGAAUGUCUCCCGCGCAUCCAGAGUGUGGACGCCCAGGAAGUGGUCGAAGACUUCCUCGAAAGUGGCGAGCGGCUGUGGGCGCGGUUCAAGAAGCUUCUCAAGGCAUGUGAACAUUACAUGUGGAAGGCCGCUAAGCGAGAAAGUGGCAAGGGGGCGGCGGUGUCGAUGGGCCGCAACGCGGGCUGCGAAUUCGUCGAAUCGAUCUUCGGCCGCGAUCGUGAGCUCGAAAAUACGGAGAAGCUGAUGAACAGCAUCCGACUGUGGAAUAUGCGCUUUGAUGCUAACUGCGAAGACAUCUUGCGCCGUCCAUCAGCCAUGUAA